AUGGCUGGAAUUCCUUCUUCAUUACGUGAGCUUUUUUACUCCUUUUCCGAUGGCAAUGGAAUGUCAAAUGAGCCAUUAGCCGAUACAAGUGAGCAAGUGUAUAUUUCCCCUUUGGCUCUUCUUAAAAUUCUGAAGCAUGGACGAGCCGGAGUUCCUAUGGAAGUUAUGGGAUUGAUGCUUGGUGAAAUUGUUGAUGAAUAUACCAUUAGGAUUGUGGAUGUAUUUGCUAUGCCUCAGUCAGGUAAUAGUGUAAGUGUUGAAGCUGUUGAUCCAGUAUAUCAAACUAAUAUGUUAGAAGAAUUAAAAAAAACAGGAAGGCAUGAAAUGGUUGUUGGAUGGUACCAUUCUCACCCUGGUUUUGGAUGUUGGCUAUCCGGAACUGAUGUUAAUACCCAAAAAAGUUUUGAACAAUUAAAUCCAAGAACAAUUGGUGUUGUUGUUGAUCCAAUACAAUCAGUUAAAGGAAAAGUUGUUAUUGAUUGCUUUCGAUUAAUUAAUCCUCAUAUACUUAUGUUAGGCCAAGAACCUAGACAAACAACAUCAAACAUUGGAUAUCUAACAAAACCAACAUUAACUGCUUUAGUUCAUGGAUUGAAUAGAAAUUAUUAUUCAAUAGUUAUUAAUUAUAGAAAAAAUGAAUUAGAAAAAAAUAUGCUUUUAAAUUUACAUAAAGAUGUUUGGGUUAACCCUUUAAAGCUACUUGACUUUGAUGAACAAAAAAAAAAUACUGAUGAAACUUUAGAGAGUAUUAAAAAAUUAACAAGCUUAUAUAACAAAAAUUUAAGUAAUGAAAUGAAAAAAACACGUGAAGAAAUUCUUUUAGAAAAUAUUGGAAAAAUAGAUGCAAAAAAGAGAAUACAAAAUUGUGUAGAGACAUUACUAAAUGAUUCUAUCCUUACUUCCAUUGGUACCAUGGCAAAUACCCUAUUUUUUUAG